AUGGCACCUCAGCUUCUUUCCUCUUGUAACUUCAAAUCUCUCUUUGACUCUGUCGAAACUUUCCUCUUUGAGUGCAAUGGUACACUCUUUUCUCCCUAUUUUUCAUUCGAUAGUGAUCCUCAAGGUAAAAAUGUUGUCUUUGUGACCAAUAAUUCUGUCAAAUCGAGGAGGCAAUACGCUGAAAAGUUCCAGUCUUUCGGUGUCCCCUCUGUUACUCAGGAAGACGGUGAAAAGAGGGCACAAUGGAAAUCAAACUCUCUCUUUGAACAUGAUAAAAGUGUAGGAGCAGUUGUGGUCUGA